GAUUUUGUGGACACCACUCUUAUGCCAGAACCCAAUAACAAUUUGACAAAAUCUCACAUUAAUUUUUUCUUAUAGUGAUUUCUUAUUCAUUUCCUUCUCACAUUGUUUUUUUGUUUUUAUUUUCUCGCCACUCUAUGUAAAUGCCAAAGAUAUUCUCUCUCUUUACCUUUCAAUUUCAUCGUCCGUUUUUCUCUUUUAGCAUUGUUACAGCAUCAAGCUUGGAUUGUAACUUGAAGUGUAAAUUACUUGAAUGAUGAAUUUUGAAGCUUCUGAUAAGCCAAAGUUUUGUGGUAAUGGUGACGAUGAAGGUAGGGAAGCUGUUUCUUGUGAACACUUUGAAUCUGAAGAUGAUGAUGUUCCUUUGUUACCGAGGUUUACCCGGAUUUCGAGUUUGGUAAAAUAUGAUGUUUCUGUUAAGAAGAGGGAUUUUGAGUUUCAUGACAACAAUUCCUUGCCUAUUUCUGUUAAGAAAUCAAAGGUGUCACUAUAUCAUGAUCACGACAAUGAUGAAGAUGAUAUUCCUUUGUUGGAUUUAAUUAAAAGGCCAAGCAAAUCAACUGAUAAAUCAUUUUCCUCGCUGAAGAAAGGCCUUGCAUUGUUAGAAAACUCAUUUCAGGAAGGCAAUAAGAAGACGAAAUUAGAAGAGAAUAGAUUGCAGUCCAUAAAGAUAGAUAUUCAGGAGUGCCGCAAAGAGCUUGAAAAUAAGAAAAAGGAAAUUAGUUGUUUUAGAGGAAUUUUCGAAGCUCAUGAGAAAAUGCAGGGAAAAAUUGAAGAAUGUAUUAAGGAUUUUGUAGUGAAGGAAGGGCAACUCUAUUUCAUGGAUGACUUGAUUGGAGAGCGCAAGCUAGAGCUCAAAACGAAGGAGAUGGAACUUAAUCAAGUCAAGGGCAACAUUUCAAAAGAAAUAGAACUUCGUCGAGUCAUUGAUAACAUUGAUAAGGACCGUGAAAGGAAGGAAGAGGAACUCAAGGCUCUUUCCCAAAAAAUUGCUGAAUUUACUUUGGAACUUAAGGCCAAAGAGAUAGAGCUUGAUGCAAUGAACAGAUUAAUUGGUGGGCAAGCAGAAAAAUUAGAGUCCAAAAGGAAGAAGUUGCUAAAGCUAACAUCAGAAAAGGAGAAUGGUCGUGCUCAAAUAAAGGAAUUCGAGUCAAUAAAGAAGCAACUUGAAGGUCAGGUCAAGGAACUUGAGUCAAAAGAGAAGCAAUGUGAUGAACAGGUGGAGGCGUUGAUGUCAAGAGAGAAGCAGCUUGAAGGACAUAUGAAGGAGUUUGAAUCUAAGAUGCAGGAACUUGAAGGUCGUACGACGCAGCUUGAAUCAAAAGAGAAGCAAGUUGAAGGACGGGCAAUGGAGCUAAAGUUAAAAGAAAUGCAAUUUGAAGGCCGGGAGAAGGAGUUUAAAUUAAAAGAGGAGAAGUUUGAAGGCCUAACGAAGGAGAUGUUAUUUAAAAAGGAGCACUUUGAAAACCAAUUGAAUGUGUUAGAGUCAAUAGAUAACCAACUUGUAUGCCAAGUAAAGGAGUUUGAAUCAAAACAGAAGGAAUUUGAAUUCCAAAAGAAGGAGUUGAUAUUAAAACAAAAACAUUUCGAAAGCCGGAUAAAGAAGCUCGAGUCAGAAGAGAAGAAACAUGAAAGUCGGUUGAAGGAGCAUGAAUCAAAAGAAAGAGAGUUUGAAGGCCAAGUGACGGAGCUGGAAUCUAAAAAGAAGCAUUUUGAAAGCCAUGUGGAGGAGCUCACAUCAAAUCUGUGGCAAUUGAAAGGACAGGUUAAGGAACUUGAAUCCAAAGAGAAACAGUUUGAUAGCCGGGUGAAAGCAUUUGAAUCAAAAGAGGAUGAAUUUGAAGGCCGAGCGAAGGAGCAUGAAUCAAAAGAGAGAGAAUUUGAAAUUCAAGCGAAGGAGCUGGAAUCUAAAAAGAAGCAUUUUGAAAGCCAAGUGGAGGAGUUCACAUCAAAACUGUGGCAAUUGAAAGGACAAGUUAAGGAACUUGAGUACAAAGAGAAGCAAUUUGAUAGCAGGGUGAAAGCGUUUGAAUCAAAAGAGGUUGAAUUUAAAGAUCGAGUGAGGGAGUUUGAAGUGAAGCAGUUGGAAGUGCAACUGAAGGAGCUAAAGUCAAAGGAGAAUCAAUUUGAAGGAGAAGUGAAGGAUGUUGAGUCAAUGCAGAAUGAAUUUGAUGGAGAACUGAAGAAGCUUGAGUUAAGAGAGGAUCAAUAUGAAGCAUUACUAAAAUCAUUUGACGAGGAAAUUAAAUCAGAUGAUCAAUCAACUCCUACCAUUGAUGGAAGAAGUUUGCAGUUGCUCCCAAGUGACGAAACUGAAAUUCUAGAUAAUCUGCAAGGAUCAUCAGAUCCAUCAAAAGUUGUUUUGGAUAUAAUACAGAAUCCCAUUAUUCAAAAGUAUAAGAUGGGAGACAAUGCUGUAAUUAUUGAUGAUAGAGACAUUCUUCUGCUCAAACAACUGAUGAGAAUCAAACCACAUAUUAAACCUCGUGUAAGAGAAGAAGCAAUGAAGCUAGCACUUAAUUUGAAAUCUAACAUAAGUGAAAAUACCGAAAAUUUGGUGGCAGUUCUGGGUUUUCUACUCCUUGUGUCAAUUUAUGGAUUGGCUCCUUCUUUCGAUGAAGAUGAAGUUUUAAAGCUUUUCGAGUUUGCUGCUCAGGACAAGAUAGCUGUAGAGCUGUUUGGAACUCUGGGUUUUGCCGAUAAAGCUUCUGAUUUUGUUCAGAAACUUAUCAUGAAGAAACAAAAUAUUGAAGCUGCUAGAUUCAUUCGUGCUUAUAUAAUGCCAACAAGAAUCAAACAAACGAUCUCUUGCAACCAAGAAAACCGUCUCCAUUGAAAUCAAGGUUAUUUUAUCUUUAUUCUAUUUCUAUUUUAUGAAAUAUCCCAUCUUCAUGCACCUGCAUGUUGGUUGUAAAUUAAUACGUGGACUGUGAAAUCAGGACCAUCCUCCUAAUGUUCAAUGUGCAAAUGAAUUAGCAAGAAUCUCCCUCUCUUUAUUGAUCCAUGCAAAAUGUCUGUUAUUGUUAGAAAGAAUGAGAAGAUUCUCAAACAGGGUUAUCUCAAUUUUGUUGGUCCGCGUCCUUUCUUUUUCUUGUAUUUUGCAUUUUUUAAUGCAUAUAUAUUUCUCGAAGGCUUAAGUAUGAUAUGCAGUAAAGUUUUACUAUAGUAUA